AGAGAGAGAGAGAGGGAGAGAGAGAGAGAGAGGGAGGGUGGGAGUCUUCCAACACGGAAAACCAGUUGUGCGCUGUUUGUUUGUGUUCAGAGUUCAAAAUUCUUCUUUGGAUCUUCGCCAUUUCGGAAUUCUUCACGACGAUCCUGUGAUAUUUUCCGUCGCCAAACACGACACCUCUUCCGCCGGCGAAGAUUUCUACGAUCUGCAAGAGCCUUUCAUCAUUGCAAAUUGAUUUGGUGAUUGAAGUAAUUAAAGGAGUCAAGCCUGUUUGAUAAGCCUUUUUCAAGCUUCUAAUAUACUUGUUUCAAUGAGCUUUGCACAUAUAUGUGAAACAUAGGGAGGAAACCUCUUACGAAGCAUCAAUUUGCAUAUAUUUAAUUCUGCAAAUAUGGUGCUCAACAAAAUUUCAGAAACCGUUUCUGCUUUUGUGGCUCGUUUCUCAACUCCAAAGACCACAACCACUCCUUAUGUAUCAUCAGGUUUGCCACCAUUGCCGGGUUCAAUUCAUGGUUAUAACAUUCCGAAUGUAGGACAGAAGAAUAAGUUGCGACUCUCCGCAUCCCUUCAAGAUUUUUCUGUAUAUCGCCAGCAUGAUGUAGAACAUGGUGAUCUCAAUCCUGAAAUGGAGAGAAUUUUGACUAAUUCACAUCAGGGUACCUUUUUCCUUAGAGAGAAUGAUGGAUCAAGUUUUUCCAAGGAUAGGGGAUCUCCAAAACAGCCUUCUGGAUGGAAUAAAUGGUUGAUAGUUCUUCUGGUUCUCUUUUUGCUGCUGAUUGCUUCUGUUUUGUGUAUUUCAUUGUCUUAUUACUUUAAGUUAUCUGAAGGUGCAACCAGGUUCUCUGUUGUGCUUGAUUGUGGUAGCACUGGGACUCGUGUUUAUGUAUAUCAAGCGUCCAUUAACCACAAUACAGAUAGCAGUCUACCGGUUUUAUUGAGAUCAAUGCCAGAAGGUUUUCAGAGAAAAUCAAAAUCUCAAAGUGGAAGGGCUUAUAACCGAAUGGAAACAGAACCUGGUCUUGACAAGUUGGUGCACAACGUGUCUGGCUUGAGAGGGGCAAUCGGGCCGCUAAUUCAAUGGGCAGAGAAUCAAAUCCCUAGGCAUGCCCAUAAGACUACCUCCCUUUUUCUUUAUGCUACAGCUGGGGUUCGCAGGCUACCAAGUUCGGACUCCAAAUGGCUGCUUGACAAUGCUUGGUCUCUUUUAAGAGGAUCACCUUUCUUGUGCAAGAGAGAGUGGGUGAAAAUCAUUAGUGGAGAAGAUGAAGCUUAUUUUGGAUGGAUAGCUUUAAAUUAUGACGCUGGUGUAUUGGGGACUAGACCUAAAAAGGAAACAUUUGGUGCACUUGACUUGGGUGGCUCAUCACUGCAAGUUACUUUUGAGAGUAAAGAAAGUUUCAAUGAUGCAACUGGGUUAAAGCUGAGCAUUGGCCCUGUCAACCAUCCGCUCACUGGCUAUUCCUUGCCAGGAUAUGGCCUAAAUGAUGCCUUUGACAAGUCUGUAGCUUACCUUUUCAAAAAGCUUUCUAAGGUUGAUGAUGCUGACUUGGCUAGUGGAAAUGUUGAGAUCAAGCAUCCCUGUUUGCAGUUUGGUUACAAGGAGCAAUAUGUAUGUUUUAAUUGUGUUCCACAAUCUCCAAAAAGUGAGAAUCCUCCCAGUGUAAGAGGAGAAUUUAGUAAAGGAGGAAAGCACGGCAUUCCCAUUCAGCUCGUUGGAUCUCCAGAAUGGGAUGAAUGCAGUUCACUUGCAAAAAUUGUUGUCAAUUCAUCUGGUAGUCUUGAAGGGAGUCAUCCCCAUCCUACUGGACAAUUCUAUGCUAUGUCUGGUUUCUAUGUGGUGUAUCGAUUUUUCAACUUGGCUUCUGAUGCCAACCUAGAUGUUGUGUUACAGAAGGGUCAAGAAUUUUGCAAGAAGUCUUGGGAUGUUGCAGAGAAAAGUGUUGCGCCCCAACCUUUUAUAGAACAAUACUGCUUCAGGGCACCAUAUAUUGCAUAUCUAUUGAGAGAAGGGUUGCAUAUUAGUGAUAGUAAUGUAAUUAUUGAUUCUGGAAGAACCACUUGGACACUUGGAGUUGCUCUCUUGGAAGCUGGAAAGGCAGUUUCAACUAAGUUUGAAUUUCAGAAUUACCAGAUAUUCCGGAUGAAGAUUAAAGCAGUUCUUCCAUGGAUUGCUUUACUUGCUUCUUUGGUUGUUCUUCUUUGUGCAUUAUUAUGCAUCGGUAACUGGAUCCCUAAGUUCUUCCGGAAGAGGUAUCUGCCCCUUUUCAGCCCUAAUAAUGCCUCAACCACCUCUAUUAUGCAAAAUCCUUUCAAGUUCCAGCGUUGGAGUCCAAUCAGUACAGGGGAUGGAAGAGAGAAAGUGCCACUCAGUCCAACAAACGCAGCUACCCAACGAAGAGCGUUUGACACUGGAUAUGGUUUUGGGGGCCAUGGUGUGCAGCUCAGCGAAUCUUCCCUGUACACAUCAUCUAGCGGUGUAACACAUAGUUAUUCAUCUGGCAGUUUGGGGCAAAUGCAAUUCGAUAGUAAUACAAUGGGUUCCUUCCGACCCCCACAUAGAAGCCAACAACGACUUCAAAGCAGGAGAUCACAAUCUCGAGAGGACCUUCACAGCUCAUUGGCCGAGGCAAAUCCAUAAAGGUCUAACACCCAUGACUAUCUCUCUUUUUGGCUUAAAACAAAAUGCAGUUGAAAAUUUUGGUUAACCAUUGCCCCGAAGAUAUAUUUGUGCUCCAUGUUGCAUUCUCUUGGAUGUUACAUGGCAUUAUUCUAAUUCCAUACGUAUCGAGAAAUGAAGGCUUCCCUACUUUGCUCUCUAUAGAGUCGCUCUCCACAAGGAGGGUGAAAGCAUAGCCAGCUGACUUAGUAAGCAUAGAAUACUCAAUUGUUUUGGUGGCUGUGCCAAAUAGUGGGAACGUGAUAAGGAUUUGAACUAUGUGAAUAGUUUUUGUAUACCAGAUGUUACUGUGAGUCUCUGACUUGUUACUUGAGGUUAGUCCCUAUCACAGAAGUAGGUGGAAGACACUUGGGGUCCCAUGGGCGGUUUCCAAAGGGACUAAUAUUGUACUUAAUGUGGGGGUAGUUUGUAGAUGUUGUUUCAUCAAUCAAUAUAGAUCAAAAUUUUUGGCUA